AAGCACUCUUGCGAUUGAUUGACUAAUACCUACGUCAUAUAUUUUAUUGGGAACCUUUUGUAUUUCUUUACUGUGACGACGAAUAUAUUAUUUUGUUUCCCCAGCUGCCAUUUGCCCAAUAUGUUUAUUCAGUGGUGUAAUCUACAUAUGCUGAUCUGUCUGUCAUAUAUUUUAUAUGGAUGCCUUGAAUGUUAUAAUCAAAGGUAUCCACAUAAAAUGUACAAUGGCCACGUUUGGUGCGUUUGUUAGUGAGGUAUUAUACUACACGGGUUGGGGAAUUUAAAAAAUCGCGAAAUAAAAAAGAGCGUACAAAGGUGUCAAAGUCCCGAGCGCGGAUGGGGGCGGGUUGCACACCUGCCCCAGCUGUGCUUCGUGAACACCUGGCUCAAGUUACAGCGGCGCAGGACAGUGGGCUGGACUGCAUGCCGUGAGAGCUAGAUCGCUACGCCAUCCUGCAAUCAGCCAGACGCACUGAUUCACACUGAGUCAGUGGAAGAGAGCAACAAGUAGCAUAGGUCCGGGUAGACCUCGAGAAAGAGAUUUGCGGUAUUAUUGUACAAAGUUUGCAGUUGUGUUGACUUUCGGUAGGAACAAGGGUCCGAUCGGGCGCUGAACGGGAUCGAGCGAUCGUCUGACAGAAGGGGGAGGCCAUGGAGUCGCAGAUGAAAUACGGCAGUACGCUGUUCCGGUCGAUAGACGACGAUUUGAACGCCUCUCUGGCCACGGCGGAUGAGCUGUCGCGGGAAUUCAGCAGCCUAAUGGAGGAGUGCAGCACCAGCCGCCAAGUGCCUGAAACACAGGCUAAGCCAUUCUCCUCUGGAGGGACGUCGCAGAAUGUCCCGGCUGCCAGCUUUCCCACGUCUCCAAAUAACGGGGGCAGCGGCAGGUACGUCUCCACACCCUCCACCACUGUGGCCCAGGUCCCCGAGCCGAGCCACCGCCCCCUGGAGUCCGUCGCCCCCAGCGGCAACUACGCGUCCCAGUCCCCACUCUACUCCCCCCAGCCGGUGGCCUCCCCCAAAACCCAAAGAGUGCAAAUCACCUCCACCCAUCGCUCCGACUCGGACUCCGGCGUGAGCUACGGUAGGCUGACCCCGCCCAACCAAUCGCCACGCACCCAGAGGCGGGCGUCCCCCUCCCGCCUGACCGCCUACAACGGCUCCCAGAAGGCUCAGCGAAGCCCCUCCCCCAGGCCCCACGUGAGCUCCGUCUUCAGCCAGUCGGCGCGCGUCGCGCACCUCCCUUCGCCCACGGUCCACUCGGCGUUCGAAUCCGGCCAGCGGUCUCCGAGGACCAGCACGCUUCCGCGAAACUUUCUCCCCUUCAAGCAAAGCGACGACGGAGCUCAGAGGCCGAAGAUUCCCACCAAGUGGAACGAGACAGACCUGGACGCGUCCUACGACAAGAAGCCGCAUCACACUUACGACAAGACAGAGUGGCUAAGGCCCGCGGUGCCAAACAGCAACUGGAGAGAGUCCAACCUGGAUGCCCCGCCCCCUUCUUCCAGAAAGGAUCCCCAGUCCCGCUCUGGCCAGUACGGCUACCUCCCGCAUAACGUCCGACUGACCCUGGCCCCCGAUAGGCCCUCCUCGCCGCACGGCUCGCCCAGCUACGGCCCCCAGCCAAUCGUCUCCCGGAUCUCCAUCCCGCCCGCCAGCCCCCGGGUGCAGCAGCGACGCCCCAUCCCGCUGUCCGUCAUCAUGCGGCUGCAGAACCCGCAGUACUUCGUGGCCCCCCAGCCCCCUUCCCGGGGGCCCGAGCAGGGCAGCGCCCCCUACAGGCAGCCCACCUUCGUGCCCUCAGACUACCUGCCCCAGCCGCCCCCGCCGGAACUCAGGCAGCCGGGGUUCUACGGCGAAGUGCUGGUUCCUGAGGACGUGGAGGCGGAGCUUGAGAGGGUGGAGCCGGGGAGGGAUCACGCGAUCCCAGAGGACGGCCAGGCCCCCGUGCCCCGCCCGCUGAGCCCCACCCGCCUGCAGCCCGUGGUGGCCCCCGAAAUCGAGGUGGCCCCCGACCGGCAGGAGGUGCUCCGCCUCCGGGCCGAGAUCCCCAGGGCGCUGAAGAGGCGGGGCUCCGUCGACCAAUCGCGGCCGGCGGCCAAGGGCCAGUACAAGCAGGUGAUCAGCAAGCUGUUCCGCAGGAAGGAGAUCCGGCGCAAGGGGGAGCCGGCGAGCGAGAGCAGCAGCUCGUCCGACGGGGAGGACCCGGCCGCCUCGCCCAGCGCAGCCUCCACCCCCAGCACCCCCACGCCUGCCACACCUCAGCACAAGGGUGUGAACUCCAUCCUGAGGAAGAGCAAGGAGCAGAGGGGUUCGGGGAGGCGGGCGCACCUGAGCCCGCUGGUGCUGCUGCUGGACGGGGCGCUGGUGGGGGAGCUGGAGACGGUGCAGAGGGCCGUGCAGGAGAUGAGUGACCCCAGCCAGGCCAAUGAUGAGGGCAUAACUGCAAUUCACAACGCCAUCUGCGGGGGGCACUAUGCUGUAGUGGAAUUUCUGGUGCGGAUCGGAGCCAACGUCAGUGCGCCAGACAGCCACGGAUGGACCCCCCUGCACUGCGCCGCCUCCUGUAACGACCAGACGCUCUGCGAGUACCUGGUGCGCAACGGGGCGGCGGUGAUGGCGGUGACGGAGAGCGACGGGGCGACGGCGGCGCAGAAGUGCGACCCCUACGCCGUGGGGUUCCAGGAGUGCGAGGGCUUCCUCAGGGGCGUGGAGGACGCCAUGGGGGUGGAGAACAGCGGGGUGCUGUACGCUCUUUGGGGGUACCCCGCCCAGGCCUCGGACGAGCUGAGCUUCAGGGAGGGGGACAUGGUGACCAUCCUGCAGAAGCCCGAGGGGUCCGACUGGUGGUGGGCCUCCCUCUGCGGCAGGGAGGGCUUCGUCCCAAACAACUUUUUUGGGCUGUUCCCGAAGGUGCGGCCGAAGUCCUUGUGCUAGACGGCGGCUCGUGGGACGCUCCCUGGCCGUCGCGGCUCCUAAAGAAGCCGCGGACCCUCCUCCCUUCCCUUGCAGGCGACGCACCUCAGUCAACGCCGCGUGCGCACGCGGUGGGCGUGGCCUGUGCGCGUGGACAGUCUUUUUCUCCGUGCGUCACGCGCAGCAUCUCAAAGAAGCCGUGACCCGCACUAUUAAAAUCUCACAAUCAUCUCGAAGCUUUUUUUUCCCCCCCGCAGUCACCUUUCGCACAGUUUCCGUACUACCUGUUCGUGCCAUCGGCUCCUGGAACCCCUGGAAGAUUUCAGCAUCUCGGCACUAAUAUUUAAAUAUUUAACCUGAAAGCCCCCCCCCCCGUUUCUCAUGGUGUGUGGCUCAGGAUUGGACAGGACGGCUCAGGGUUGGACAAGGUUUGGGAAAUCGACUGGUCCAGUUAGUUCUGCAUGCUCUGAAAAAAGCAGGAUAAUAAACUCUACGGAAAGCAGUGGGCCAAAUGAACAUUUGCAGCCCCCCAGGGCCGCUGUUCGGACGUUCUGUCCACCCCUUUUUAAGCCCCGCCCUUUCAGCGUUUGAAGAGGAUGAUAGCGGCUUGCCCAGGUCAGCGUUCUGUGGAAUCAGGUGGUUCAUCACCUGGUUGCCAUGGAAUUAUCAACUGUACAGCCCGUUUAGGUACCUGGACAGAAAUACCUGGAUAUACCUUGUCUGUGUAAUCUUGCUGUCCCUGGAACUCUGCUUUAUAAACUCUUAUGCUACAAAUAUAUAUAUAUAUAUAUUUCCAUAUAUGGAGAUCCAAUAUGUUGCCAUUCUUGAUUCAUUAUUUUGUGUCGAUGGAAAGGCUGUUCUUUCAGCAUUUAACUUCACAGAAUAAUGAUAUCAAGAUAUAACACUGAAACUAAUUUAAAUGUGUAUAUACAAUUGUAAUUUGCACUGCAAAAUAUAUUGAAUAAUAUAUAGAAAUAUAUUGCUAAAUAUGCCAAUUAUUGCCACUUUGGAUACAGUGGGAUGUGUCUGAAUAUAAAAUAUUGUGAAACAAAAAAAUGAUUGGCAGGCAUUAAAAAUACAAAUGGAGUGCCUCAAAAUACUCAAAUAUAUUCCAUGUUUUACAGUAUGUUUCUAUAUAUGUCAGUAUAUUUUGUUGUAUAAAUAGUCAUCUCACCCUUCAUCUCACCAUGAUUUCUUUUUUGUGUUCAAAUCGUAAGUACAAGGUAAAAAAAAAUCGAGUUCUGUAACCUGUAAAGCAAUUUGUGACAAAGUUUUAUCUCAUUUUGAGUUACAAAAUGUGUUAAAAUGGGAAUAUUUCUGUGGAGAGCUGGCAAUACAGUUUUUGGACUCCAGACUCAGAAGUGUUGAGUUGAACAUGCUGGAAAUUUGAUUGUACAGAGUAUCAGAUUUGUAAGACCGAGUGAGUUGUACACAAUGUAUUUUUUUUUUUUUAAGAUUUGUUUUCUUGUUCUGGGAGCCAAGAUGUCUGACUCAGCAUUCCGUUUGAGAAUCUGUGUCAGAUAUAAGACGGCUAUUUACAAAAGAUGUGCGGUUUCCUUGUAAAACAUUGUGAUUAUUUUAUCUGACAGUGGCAGUGUAUUGUCUGUCCUGGGGUAUCUCGCUGUCAUGACUUCUGUUAACUGUUUUCCUUUAUAUUCUCAUCUGUUAAUAUCCUUUUUUUUUUGCAGUGUAAAGAUUAGUGUUUUUCUUUGAAAGGUUUCUGUCAGUCUGUCCAUAAGGUAAGACCAUAUAUUUAUACAUGAGAAUGUAUGAAAUGUCUCUCAUAUAUACAUAUAUGUAUAUAUAAAACACAUAUAUGUAUGGAUAUAUGCGCGUACACGCACUCUUGCAUACUUGUGUACAUGCAAAUGAAUGAAAUGUAUGG